UGCCAGUAGUCUCAUCAUCCAACAACAGCAACACUUUCCUUCAGCAGCAUCUUCCAGUCUUUGGCUUAGCCGUCCACUCUUUACAACACUCUUUACUGAUACCACCUCGACCACCAACCAACUAAUCCAACCCACCAACCAACAAUCAAGAUGCCUUCCUUCAGCGCCAUCUCCGCCGCCGCCAUCCUGGCCUUCUCUGGCAUGGCCUCUGCCAUUCCCCAGUACAACUUCAGCAACACCACUGCUCCUGCUACUGGCUCCAACUCCACCUCCCCUAUUGGAUCCGGCUCGGGCUCCAACUCCACCACCCCUAUUGGAUCCGGCUCGGGCUCCAACUCCACCACUCCCGGCUCCGGCUCCGGCGCUGGUAACGGCACUGUUCCUGCUCUUGACGGCAAGUUCUGCCCUGGCCUCGACCUCUCGAUCUACAUCGACCGCAGCGGUUUCAGCUACCAGAUUGGGUGCGACACCAACCACUUCGGUACCAUCAUCGACAUCCAGGUCAACCUUACCAGACGUGCCAUUCCCGCCAGCCUUGACGACUGCUUGAACCUUUGUGAUGCUACUGCCUCAUGUGUCGGAACCGCAUUCGACACCAACGCCCGUACCUGCACCCUCUUCAGCGAUGUCCAGGCUGCCUACGCCCAGCAGGGCAUCCAGUUCGGCCAGCGUGUGGCCAACGGCGGUAGCGGCAGCGGCAGCGGAUCCGGCAACGGCGCUACUACCAUCACUGCCGGCGGUCUUGCUACCUCGACCAUCUACAGCACCCAGGUCGUCACCAUUGCUUCGUGCGCUCCUACCGUUACCAACUGCCCCUUGAACGCCGUCGUCACCCAGGUCAUCCCCGUCUCAUCCACCGUCUACGUCUGCCCCACUCAGACUGUCAUCCCUGCUGGACCCAUUGCUUGCAACAGCUGCCCUUACACCGCUUCCACCGCCACUGUCUUCUCUGCCACCGGUGGCUCCAUGGUUCCCGUCAGCACCACCGUCUACGCUUGCCCCCAGGCCACUGGUACCACUGUUGUCGUUGAGGUCUGCACUGCUUGCGCCAAGCCCGCUGGCCCCGCUGGCCCUGCUACCACCGGCCCUGCUGUCCAGACCCAGACCGUCACUCUCUGCAACGGCGAGCACUGCCCUGCCACUGCCACUGGUGCUUCCAACACCAUGGCCGUCUACACCGGUGCCUCCAAGACUGCCACCAACACCAUGGCCAUCUACACUGGUGCUGCUUCCAACGUCAAGGCCGGCAUGGGCUUCGCCGCCAUGGUCGCUGGUGCCGCUCUCGUCCUCUAAGCAUUUUUAUGCUUGACGGAUGAUUCGCUUUGAUCACAAGGCAAACAAAAAACUUUUUCGUAUCUUCUCUCUAUACAUCUCGGUGGGUGUUUUAACUUAAUCAUUA